UCCCCUGCAGUAUCUUUAAUAGUCUAUCCCCUAUAGAGUUCUGAGGCUACCGUACAAGUAAGCUGAUUCUAAUUUCCUGUUAAAAUCACCGCAAGACACUUUAAUCUUUGAACUCCUCAGGGGCAUUAUAGUGCCUCUGGUCUGCAAUGGUCAAAAUCGCAAGGAUUUCGUGCACGAGCCCACUUCGCGCAUACCGUAACCCGGGCUCGACAGUCCCCGCCACGUGACCUCGAGCGGAGUGACUCGGCGGUUACAUCAUCGCUGGCGCGGGCGGGCGCGUGACUGUGAGGGGUCCGGCCCAUAGCUGCGACGCCACUCAAGGACCUCGCUCCCUUUUCUUUCCGCGCUGCCAGUUGCCCGCCUGGUCAGGUGAUCGCGUGUCACCUCUCGCGGAUUUGCUCUGGGAGCGGGGCCGCGGUCUGGUCUCUGGCCCUGGUCCUGGUCUUCCCUCGCGCGGCAGUUCGUUCGACCGGCUAGAAUGCGGCUUUGGUCUUUGGUCUGGCUGCUGGGCUGCAGAGCGGCUGCUUGGCGGAGCGGCAAUUACUGGCUGGACGAUGCCGUCGGACUGGGGCCGCAAUUUGAUGGCAUCGGAGCCAUUAGCGGCGGCGGGGCUACCUCACGGCUUUUGGUGGAUUACCCAGAACCUUAUCGGUCUCAGAUUUUAGAUUAUCUUUUUAUGCCAAAUUUUGGUGCCUCUUUACAUAUCCUCAAAGUAGAAAUCGGUGGUGAUGCCCAGUCUACAGAUGGCACUGAACCCUCCCACAUGCACUAUGAAAAUGAUGAAAACUAUUUCCGUGGCUAUGAGUGGUGGCUGAUGAAAGAAGCUAAAAAGAGAAACCCUUCUAUUAAAUUGAUUGGUUUGCCGUGGGCUUUUCCAGGAUGGAUUGGGAGGGGUAAGAAUUGGCCCUAUGAUUAUCCAGAUGUCACCACUUAUUAUAUUGUCUCCUGGAUUAUAGGUGCAAAAAGAUUUCAUGACUUGGACAUUGACUACAUUGGGAUUUGGAAUGAACGGUCUUUUAACAGCAAAUAUAUCAAGAUUUUAAGAUACACUUUGGAUAAGCAAGAGCUUCAGCGGGUGCGGAUCAUAGCCAGCGAUGACCUCUGGGAACCAAUAUCCUUUAACAUGCUUGUUGACUCUGAGCUCCGUGAAGCAGUCGAUAUUAUAGGGGCUCACUACCCAGGGACAACAACAGUGAAAACUGCCCAAUUAACUCUAAAGAAACUCUGGGCUUCCGAAGACUACAGCACUUUCAACAAUGAAGUGGGUGCUGGUUGCUGGGCUCGAAUCCUGAACCAAAAUUAUGUAAAUGGGAACAUGACUGCUACUAUUGCUUGGAAUUUGGUGGCUAGUUACUAUGAAGAAAUGCCUUUUGGAAGGUGUGGUUUAAUGACAGCACAAGAACCGUGGAGUGGGCAUUACACUGUGAAUUCUCCCAUAUGGGUCACAGCACACACAACACAGUUCACACAACCAGGCUGGUAUUACCUGAGAGUAGAUGGGCAUCUGGAAAAAGGUGGAAGCUUUGUGGCUCUGACUGAUGGGCUAGGCAAUCUGACCAUCAUCAUCGAAACAAUGACUCAUAACCACUCAAAGUGCAUCAGGCCACCACUUUUUCCCUAUACUGUGUCACCCCAAAAAGCAGUUUUCUACCUGAAAGGAUCCUUUAGCAAGUUGAAAUCUCUUCAGAUGUGGUAUUCCAAGCUUGAAUUUUCUACUGCCAAUUCUACGUUAUUUCAGUCACUUGGGCCUAAAAAUAUCUGUGAAGGCAUGUUGACCCUGAACUUGGGCUUGGAUGAGAUCUAUACUUUGACAACUGUAACAACUGGCCAUAAAAGUCCUUUCUCAGAACCUCCUCCAUCUCAACCUUUUCCAUUCACUUACAAAGAUGAUUUCAAUAUCCGCAACCCACCUUUCAGUGAAGCACCAUACUUUGCUGAUCAAACAGGAGUGUUUGAGUAUUUUAUUAAUGCUUCAGAUCCAGGGGAGCAUGUCUUUACACUCCGACAAGUGGUGACUCAGAGACCUAUAACCUGGGUUAUAGAUGCAAAGAACACAGUCAGCACUAUAGGCAACUAUAAGUGGAUAAAUUUCACAAUAACCUGUGACAUUUAUAUAGAAUCAAAUAAAGGAGGAGCAUUCAUUGCGGGAAGAGUUAACAAAGGAGGCAUAUAUACGGCAAUUGCCGAAGGAAUUUUCUUCUGGGUUUUUCCUGAUGGCACAUAUCAAGUCACAGGAGACCUUGCUGGUAAUAAAAUCUUGAUGAAAGGGUUAUCUGGUGUGCGAGCAAACAGAUGGCACACACUCACUCUGAUUCUUAAGGGAUCCAGUGCCUCUGGCAUGUUGAAUGGCUAUCCUCUCUGGGAAAACGUCACCACAAAGAGUCCAGAGAAUGGCUGGGCAGCAAUUGGGACCCAUUCUUUUGAACUGACACAAUUUGACAACUUUCACGUUCAGGCCAGCUGAGGUUUCCAUUGUACAUAGUCAAUUCUUUACUCCUUUGAGCCAAGUCAAACCUUAGUUUGAUAGUAAAUUAUGAUACUGGGGAUUUUCUUUUUUGUUUCCUACUAAUAUUAAUAGUACAUUCAACUUUCUUGUGUCUAGAAAUUGAUUUUCUUUCAUUGCAGAAAGUAUGAGAUCAACAUUAAAAAUCUGUGUUAAAAAAUCUUUUGUAAGCUAUAAAUGGAAAUGUGAUACAGCAAUAUCUCUUUAAUUGAUUGAAAUUUAACACUUUGUAGCAUAAUUUUAAGCAGUUACAAUUGGAAUUGCUGCUUUCAAUAUUUCUGGGAAGUGUAAAGUCCGUGUUUUUGGUAAAAUUCACCUUGCAAUCAGAUAAAUGCCUCAUAUAUCUAUUACGAAGCACUGUAAUUUUUAAAACUUUUGUAUUUUUAUCCAAGUUGAUGGAAUAAGAAUUUCAAUGGAUUUCGAUGUCUUCUCCCAGGAAAUGAGAUUUUACUCCUAUUAAUGUCUUAAUACACUUACCUAAUGUUAAUGGAAAAAAAAUACCCAGCUUAUGGUUGGCUUAUUUAUGAAGUGCCUUCUUUCAAACUACCUCUUGUCGACAACAGUAUAGCAACUAUAUUGAAAUGUCUGUUAUUAAUCUUAGGUUGAUAACCCAAUAACCCAAAUUGCCUUGCAGUUUUCUUCUUUGUGCUUGACUAGAUACAUUGAAGGAGAAAAAAAGUGUAGCUGAUGAAAAUUCAUGAGAGCUUUUUUUUCCUCAAGUCUGCAGGCCAAUAUACACAUGAAGAUACUAUUGCACAAUGACUAUGAGCAAAGUUGUCAAAUUUACAAUCCAAACAGUUGUGCAGACAUCAAUAUCUGUGGAUGAUGUACAUAUCAAGGCUCUAGCUUUCAUGAAUAAGGAAGAAAGCAGGCAUAAAAACAAUAUUUCACAUGCAUUAGCUUACCAAUGUCAAUGGCUCCCUAUGCUUUCUGGUAAAAUUUGAUUUUCAAGGGUAAAAUAAUUUAAUCUAUUGACCUGCUUAUAUGAGUGGACCAGUUUCAGUUUAUUUUGUUACUUAGCAUUUUGAAGUAUACAGGUUAGGUGCCAAAUGCAAAAUAGUGGAGAAUAAAACUAACACAAACUGGCAGUUUAUAGGGCAGAGCAAAUAUAUGAGAAUGUACUGGGUCAUCCUGAAUAUAUAAUUACAAAGUUAUACUGGAUUGUUAUAGUUAGGAAAAAAAUCUUAACACAGAAUUCUAAAACUGCUCAACAGAAGUAUAUAAAGUUGUGUUCAGAGUCCAGUUCAUGUUCAUAUUUUGCAGAUGACAAAUGAUGAAGAUGAGUGAUGAGCAGUUUGUACAAGAUAAGCUAUGGUGGAGAGGGUUGUUGGGGUUUUGUUUUUUGGGUUUUUUUGCUUGCUAUUGUAAGACUACUGGCCAUCAGAAACCUUUGCGGUGCUGUUGCAGAUCAUACAGAGUGGUACCUCUGAAUUUUGGUUUGUGUUUUAUCACCUUUUAUCUACCAGUGAAGUAACCCUAAUGUGUUCCUUUCUCUGCUAGUGUUAUGGAUUGCUGGCUUCAUAGAAAGAAUAGGCAACUUCUUAAAACUGUACCCCUUUAAAAUAGAAUAGCUCAAUUUGGUGCCUCUUUUUAUUUUAUUCUAGGCAAUGUCAACUUAUGGUAUGCAGUAAAAACUAAAUGUAUGUGCUACCCUCAAAGUUGAUUCUGAUAAAAUUGUAUUUAUACUGUAGAUAGUGUUACAAAAUGUCUUUGUUAAGUGAUGCACAGUUCUGUCUCUUCUAGUUCAAAGAGACUUCUGAGACAAGAUGCUACAGUUGAUAACAUAUUGGCUUACUAAACAGAAAUAUGAUUGUGUUUGUCUAUUCCAGACAUGAUUAAACCACAACCCCCUAAUUAAACUUUUUUUUUUUUCAUCCAAACCAAAACACUUGUUUCCUAGCCAGGAUAUUUAAUUUAAUUUCAAACUUUAACAGUUUUGUUUGUAACUGGUAAUAAUAGUUGUUGAUUACCAGUUAGGCAAAGAUGAAAUGGAGAAGUAUGGUUAUUGGAAGUUCCUUGUAUGAGUAAAAUGUCUCUUCAUGUCUCAGCUUAAGAAGACAAAAGAUGAUCAUUCAGGCAUCGCCAAUGGUAAAUAUACUUAUGUGCAGCUAAUAGUAACAUAGGGAACCUCUCUCCUGUUUUGUGAGUUGGAUAUUGAUGGUUGAAAUCAGUUUCUUCCAAAUUAUGGGGCAAGAAAAGUAACUGUCAUGAUUAAAGACUAAUGGCUUAGCAACUAAAUAAAAAAGAAUAUUUUUGAAAAAUAUCUACAGCUGUUUAAAUGAAAUUUUGAUAUCUUAUAUUGGCCAAAUGUCCAAAACUGGAGGUUGAGAUGAUGUUUACUGUCUCCCUUGGUAGUCCAAGGAUAUAAGGGAUUUUUUGUUUGUAUGUUUGCUUUUUGUCAUUUUUUUUCAAAUGGACUCCAAAGUUGCAGAUUACGUCACUCAUACCACCAGAGCAGACAGGGUCAAAAUGUUUGGCUUUUUUGGGUUGGUUUUGUAUGGGAAACGAUGAGCAAAAUGGGUGCCUUAAACUUUUGCGCCUACUGCCCUUAAUGACUUAAUUGUCCCUUAAUGCCCCCUUAAUAACAAAAUCAGCCUCGGGGUGGAUUUAAGGGAUGAAAUGAAUACAUUAAAGUUACUAGGUUAACGACUACUGUAAGGCUGCAAAGUUAAGACUUCCAUUUUGCUUUCUAGGGAUUGCAGAAAGGCUACUAGGGACACAUGAUACCCUUUGCAUGAAGUUACCUCCCCCAACCAGUUCAUUCUGGGAAGUGACCAGUCCAGCUUGUCUGAAAGACAUAGUUGGGAAGACUGAUACAUGGAUAUGCCUUCCUGCCUGCCUUUAUUCCAAAAGCUUUAACAUUUUUGCACUGCAUAAAUGGUUCUGUUUUUGCAUUGUAUACUAAAUAUAAAAUCAAGGAUUUGGUUUCUUGUUAACUUAUGGAAUUAUAGAUGCUUGUUAUAAAACUGGCUUGUCUAAUUAAGAAACUGCUCUGAUGUUUCAACAACAGGCUGAUGUAUGUGGUGGAUUACUACAAUUCCUAAUGUUUCAAACAAAGAAUAAAUGUCAUUUAAAUCUUU